CUGCCUCAACACACCAAAGCCGAAGUUGUUGGUGUCUCUGAGUCCCUUUGAUGGAUGAAAUCCAGAUGGGUCUUCCUCAGCCUCUCCUCUCGCUUGCCAUCUUGGGCUUCCUCUCUCCUCUCUCCCUUCAAAGCCAGAAUCCACGAAAACCCAUCUUCACAAACCUCCACAUUUGUUCUCAAUCAUGUAGCCAUAAGCCGUCUUCUCCCCCAUUGCGGAAGACAAGGCUACUUCCGUCUGGGUUCUUCCAUUCAGGCUUCUUUAAUCAAGCAAUAUGAAUUUCUUGACUCGGAAAACAAGGAUAUAAUCCGUAAUUCUCUUGUUGUUUGGAACUCUCUCCUAUUUAUGUACUCACAAUGUGGUGAUUUCUCAAAUGCCGUUAAACUGUUUGAUGAUAUGCCUCUGAAGGAUACAGUUUCGUGGAAUACGGUUAUUUCAGGGUUUUUGAGAAAUGGGCAGUUUGAAAAUGGUUUUGGGUGCUUUAAACGAAUGCGUGAAUUGGGUUUUCAUAGAUUUGAUAAAGCUACAUUGACUACAAUUUUAUCAGCUUUAGAUGGACCAGAGUUUGGUUACUUAAAUGAGAUGAUACAUGGCUUAGUUUUCCGGUGUGGCUACGAGCAGGAAACUGCGGUGGAAAAUUCAUUGAUAACAUCAUAUUUCAAAUGCAGGUGCUCUAGUUCAGGAAGGCGGGUUUUUGAUGAGCUGCUCGAAAGGAAUGUUAUUACAUGGACAGCCAUGAUUUCAGGACUUGUACGGAAUGAACUCUAUAAAGAGAGUUUGGAAUUUUUUGUGUUGAUGCGGAGUGGGACUGUGUGUCCUAAUUCUUUAACGUAUUUGAGCUCACUUAUGGCAUGUUCGGGUCUGCAGGCAUUAAGUGAAGGGCGUCAAAUUCAUGCGAUUCUAUGGAAGCUGGGAAUUGAUUCAGACUUGCGCCUUGAGAGUGCACUGAUGGACAUGUACUCGAAAUGUGGUAGUAUGGUAGAUGCAUGGCUGAUUUUUGAGUCCGUUGACGAGCUUGAUGAGGUUGCCUUGACUGUUAUCCUUGUGGGAUUUGCACAAAAUGGGUUUGAGAAAGAAGCUAUCCAAAUCUUUAAGAAAAUGGUGACGGCAGGGAUUGAAAUCGACACGAACAUGGUGUCAGCGGUUCUUGGAGUGUUUGGUAACGACACUUCUCUUGGACUAGGGAAACAAAUCCAUGCUCUAAUUGUCAAAAGGAAUUUCAGUUACAAUCCUUAUGUCAACAAUGGUCUUAUAAACAUGUAUUCCAAGUGCGGACAAUUGGAGGAGUCGGUCAGAGUCUUCAGUGAGAUGCCUCAUAAGAACCCAAUCUCGUGGAAUUCCAUGAUUGCCACUUUUGCUCGCCAUGGGGACGGUUUUGGAGCAUUACGAUUGUAUGAAGAGAUGAAAAUGGAAGGCGUGAAGCCAACAGACGUUACAUUUUUGUCUCUGCUUCAUGCUUGUAGCCAUGUAGGAUUAGUUGAGAAGGGCAUGGCGUUCUUGAACUCCAUGACUAAAGAUCACAGAAUAAGCCCAAGGAAGGAACACUAUGCUUGUGUAGUUGACAUGUUAGGUCGAGCAGCACUUCUUACUGAAGCUAAAGAUUUCAUUGAAAAAUUGCCGGACGAGCCUGGUCCACUGGUUUGGCAAGCGCUCCUCGGCGCUUGUAGUUUUCAUUCUGAUUCCGAGACGGGAACAUUUGCUGCUGAGCAGUUAAUUGCAGCGGCACCUGAGAGCCCUGCGCCAUACGUUUUGCUGGCCAACAUAUAUUCUUCUGAAGGGAAAUGGAAAGAGAGAGCAAGGACUUUCAAGAGAAUGAAGGAGAUGGGGAUAGCAAAAGAAACAGGCAUUAGUUGGAUUGAGAUAGAUAAGAAAGUUCACAGCUUUGUUGUUUGGGACAGAAUCCAUCCACAAGCUGAGAUGAUUUAUGGGGUUUUAGCUCAACUUUUUAAGCUCAUGACUGAUGAAGGAUAUGUGCCAGAUAAGAGGUUCAUACUCCAUUAUUUGGGUCAAGAUGGAAAUAGAUAAGA